AUGGUUCAGAAAGUCCUGUAUUCUAAACAAUUUACACCUGAAAGCUUUGCUCCGUAUGGGACAGUUGUUCAACCAAAAGAUAAUGGUCCGAUGGUAAUAGCAAACGCCGGUACAGCAAAGAAAUACCUUGGAGUGUCAGAAUCCGAAAAUUAUUAUAAAAAAUCAUCUACUCCUUCCUCUAAAGCCACAUGGAAUUUUUUUUCUACCAAACCUUCUGUCUUCCCGGCGGAUGAGGAAUCACCUGCGUUUAAAAUAAGUGUUUUGGAAAGACACCCUUACACGACGCAGACGUUUAUCCCACUUUGUAGGGACGCUCAAGAAAGCAGUUAUCUUGUUGCUGUCGCUCCUAAUUCACCAGAUGGGUUACCUGACUGGGAACGCGUUGAAGCAUUUGUUGCUAAGGGCUGUCAAGGUGUCACUUACGCCGCUGGUGUUUGGCAUGCCCCGAUGGUUACAAUUGGAAAGGACACUAUGCUAGCUGCAUUCAACUAUGAGAAUGGGGUGGAUAAUGAUGAUUGUCAGGUUCAAUCUGCUCCUUCGCCCUUGGAUGUCUACGUGAAGCGAGAUUAA